AUGUCGGUUGAAAAGCAGUUGGAAGCGGCUCAAAAAUUCCUAAGAGGAAUUCGGUCGCUGACCUCCUACGCGGAGGUCAGGGACAAACAGGCUUCGGGUCUUUUGAAAGCCUUGGAGAAAGUGCAGUGCUUCACGGCUGCUCAAGCGGCAGUGUUGCUGGCACAGGUGCAGCCCGACUUAUGGGGUGAGUCUCAAGUGGACUCAUUCCGUGAGAAGGUUGCGCUGAAGACGAGGCCGGUGGAAAGCGAUCAGCCACGUGCUGUGACCCAGGAUUUUUCGCUGCUGCCAUAUUAUUUAAAUGAUGAGUUGGCAGCAGCGAUUGGGCAGGUGGAUGGUGACGCAGAGCGGUUGCUGUUUCGCUUGUGCCAUCAUGCGGCGCAGCUGAGCCUAAGGAAUGCCUCCGAGGCAACCAAGGCCACAUUGGUCGUGAUGGCUCACUGGGCCUCAUGCAAGCGUGGAGCCUUUUCUCCAAAGCAGCAGCAUGAACUGUUUCUGCGUCACAAGCCGGCUGUGACCAAAUAUUUGGUAGCACCACCAGAGUCUCAAUUAUUGGUGGAGUUGCCGCUUCAAUGGCAAGAUUUGGAUCAGCAGAUAAUCCAACGUGCGUUUCCUACGGGGAAACCUGCAAGCAUGGCAGAGACUGCUAGGGACAUUUGCGACUAUGUUCGUCGCUUCCCUUUACGGAGGGAUAAUAAGUUGCUGCAAGGCACGGGUGGUACGUCCAGCACAGUGCCUGCCGGGCUCCCAAGUGGAGUUUUGCCAGUGGAGGAUGUCUGUCGAGUAGUUGCCGCAUGCAGCCAAUCCUUCCAAGCGCAAGUGCAGCGGCAGCAGUCCAGCCAAGCAGUGCAUUCCACGGCAUCUCCAGUGUUGGCUAUUUGCGAUGUAUCAGCUGACGAGCGCGCUGCUAUGCGCUUAGCGUCAGAAAGGGACCCACGUGGUUCCGACCACAAGACUGUGGACAUGCCUGUCGCUGCAGGGGAGGACCGACGUGGUCCUGAAACUAUGAGUGUCGAGGAUCAACUAGCUGCGCUCCGACAAGAUAUGGGACAAGGCAAGCCAAAUUCAAAGGAAGAGGAGACGGAAGUACCAGGUGCAAUGAAAAAACCGGCGUCUUCCAAGAAAUGCGUGGCUGCGGCAAAGCCAAAAGGCAGGCCACGCGCCAAGCCCAAGGCAGGAAGCGUUGUGGGGAAGACAUCCAAGCAAAGGUUGAAGCGACCAGCGGCCGCGAGUACGGCUCGCAGCGCCGCGCCUACGGGGCGCGGGUCAGCCACGGCAAGCACCAGUGGCGCACUGUCACGCGCAGAGCGUCGGCAGAGGGUUCUUGCCGUGGUGCCGCGCAAGAUCCGGCAGAAAUAUGCUGACGGCUGCGCGAGAUGCCGCUUCACCGCAGGGUGUUCGCCCUCGUGUUGGUUCCAACGGGGACGCAUGGGGCCCAAGAAGGACGAGAAGGAGGAAUCCGAAUAUACGUACGAGAGCGAGGCGGACGCCGAAGACGAUGGAGAGCCGGAUGCUGGUGCGCAGCAAAAUGCCCGAACCACCUUUGGCCCUGAGUCAAGGCAGGAUGAAGAGGCUUUGGCAAACUUGGCGUCGCCAUGUGCAUGCACGGCGCCGCCGCCCGUCAUUUGCCAAUAUCAAGCCGGUGCACCUGCUUUGCCCAAAGCACCCCAGCCACUCAACCUAAGCUGGCCUCCAAGAUCUGGCGCAGAACGAGCACCUCCCGAGCGGUCUUCGAAGGCAAAGCCGCCUACGUCGGCCACGCCCGCUGUCGCAAGUGUAGCCACGGCUGCACGACCACCGUCUCCUGCCAGGGACUCUAGCAGCGAUCGAGCCCCGCGGGCACGUUCGCAUCGCUCUCGGAGCCCACGGGCCCGGGGACGUGAUCCGGACCGCAGAUCACGGUCACGUCGCCGCCAUAGGCGACGACGAGAGGAAGAAGCCACUCGUGCCAGUGGUCCUAGCAGCCCCACGCGGGAUGCCAAGCCUCGCGAGCCAUCGAUGCCUCCACCGCCACCACCCCCAAGAUCGAAGGGGAAGAGCAAAGGCAGAAACCCGCUGUUUUGUCCCCACUGUUGGACUAAGGUCAAAUCAGGGGGAGGCACAUCAGGCCUGAGUCAGCACAUGUUUUGGAACGAAUCAUGUCUGACGUGGCAGCGUUACGGCAAUGGAGAUCGGGGGGUGACGUGGGAGGAAGCCGCGGAGGCUGCGCAUGAGCUGAAGGCACAGCGUGAGCGGGAAGCUCUUGCGGAGUCGGACGGAGUCAUUCCGGCCAAAUCCCUGCGGCAUCGUCAGACGUUGGAGGCGUCACAGCCCGAGGGGGAGACGGAGGAGACCGUUCCACGCAAACGGAAGGAGAAGAAACGGCGUCGUCGCCGUCGCCGCAGCCCUUCGCCAGAUGUGCGUGCAGGACCGAAAGGUCCACGCCGUCGUCGACCAAGUAGCGAUGACGACGGAGAUCGGGAUGGCGGUUCGGCUAAGCGCCGCUCCGCGCCAGAGGAGGUCUGGAUCAAGGUACCGCGACGCCUGAGCUACGUGCUCUUGCAAAGAGGGAUGGCAGUCAAUGUUUCUUUCUCAAUCGCUCCUCAAGGCUUAGAAGAAGUCUUUCAGGAGAUGGUGAAAGCAAUUCCUGAAAAGCCCUUCGAGGAGUUUACCUCUACGUGGGGGACGGUCUGUCGCUGCUUGGACUCCACGGGAGCUUGGGCAUGCGCAGAGGGAAGGGCUGCAGACCGCAAGGUCUUGACACGGCUAAGCACCUUGUUGCGCUACGGGCAAUGGGGUGCGACGCCGCUGGAUGUGCCGCCGCAUCCAAAAAUACAAGGCUUUUGUUUGAUUCCGGCUUCCUACGAGGAGAACACGAAUAUCUGGCUUGAACAAUUGACUUGGAAUCAGAUGUACCUGUCGGACGACUUGCAUCGCGCUGGCAAAUGGUUAAAUAUCUUGGCAUGGCACUUCUCUAGGCGAGAAAAUCGCACCAGGGAAUUUCUCUGGUGUCGACGCCGUGCAUGGCUUCUAAGGGAAGCUCGACGCAGCCUACGGGCUGCGAAGGUGGUGACAGAAGCAUCACUAUAG